AUGGCUUCUCUCUUGUAUUUGCUGUGUGCUCUGUGCUGGACGUUCAGGCCGUGCUGCAGCGUCAGCUCGCCUGAGUGGUUCCAAAACAUCACCGCAAACCUCUUCAGCUUGCCUGGAGAUGUAAUUCUUGGAGGACUUUUUCCAAUUAACCAGCAAUCGAACAACAUCAGUCUCAUUAGUGAGCCGAACAGCAUCAAGUGUGAAAGUUUGAAUGAAAAUGGACUUGGUCUCGCUCUGGUCAUGAAAUAUGCCGUGGAUGAGAUCAACGGAAAAUGGGAUCUUCUGCCAGGCAUCAAAUUAGGUUAUAAAAUUUACGACACCUGCAGACACGCUUCAGUCAUCGUGAAGCCUACUAUCUCCUUCCUCACUGAAAAAACAAGCAGCGCUCUUUCUGUGCAGUGUAAUUACACUGACUAUGAAACCAGCAUAUCAGCCGUCAUUGGUCCUCAAACCUCGGAAAUGGUGUCAGUCAUCGGAAAACUUCUGGGUUUCUUUCUGAUGCCUCAGAUUAGCUACGGUGCCACCAGUGAUAAAUUCAGCGAUAGUCUUCUCUACCCAUCGUUCUUCCGCACAGUGCCCAGCGACAAAUGGCAAGUGGACGCCAUGGUUCAGCUUAUGUCUGAGUUUAACUGGACCUGGGUCGCUGUGAUAGGCAGCGAGGAGGAGUAUGGACAAAGCGGUGUGCAGCAGUUCUCCAAAGUAGCAGAGAAUAAGUCUGUGUGUGUGGCCUAUCAGGGCCUGAUCCCAGUGUACACUGACCCCAGACCAGCAGUCCAAACCAUCAUCAACAACAUCAAAACAACAGAGGUCAAAGUGGUGAUCGUGUUUGCCCUCCCAGAACCGGCAGCGUUCUUUUUUGAACAGGUCAUCAUGGAAAAUUUAACAGGUGUGUGGAUCGCCAGCUCAAGCUGGAUAAUCCACAAUCGACUCCUUUCUAUUCCCAAGAUCAAAAACAUUGGCACAAUCAUUGGGUUUGUUGACAAGUUGGGUAGUCUGGAUUUACUGAACAACUACACAGAAGCACUCCUCAGAAAAAUAAGUGAGGAAAGGGAAAAUAAUGCUACUAUGCAACCAAAGUCUCAUAAUCCUGACAAUCCAUGUCCACAGUGUUGGUACCUGUCACCAGCUAACAUCAGCUUGGUGAAUGACCUUGCAGUGAAGAGACUGGGCUUUGCAGUGUAUUCUGCCGUGUACACCGUAGCGCACGCGCUGCAUACGUUGCUUGAGUGUGAUUCAGGUGGUUGUAAUUGGAGACCAGAUUCAACAAUCUACCCCUGGAAGCUGUUGGAGGUCCUGAGGAAUAGUUCUGUUAACAUAAGUGGCACAAUUUUAGAGUUCGAUGAAAAUGGUAACCCAAAUGUCGGGUACAACUUGUUGCAGUGGAUCUGGAAUUCCUCAGACAAAGUUGCCUUCAAAAAUGUGGGAAAUUAUUAUCAAAACAAACUGUCCAUCAACACAUCUCGCUUUGAAUGGCACACUGAGAACUCAAUGGUUCCUCUGUCGACCUGCUCAGCGCAGUGUGCCGAUGGCCAGGUUCGCAGAGUCAAAGGCUUUCAUUCCUGCUGCUAUGACUGCAUUGACUGCUUGGCUGGCACUUACCAGGCAAAUAAAGAGGACAUCCAGUGCACCAAGUGUCCUGAACGUCAGUGGUCCAAUGAUCGCAGUACUAACUGCACACCCCCAAUUUUUGAAAUUUUGGGAUGGGACUCAAAUGAUGCCCUGAACAUUAUACUGGCAGUUCUUGCGCUGCUUAUAUGUCAGGUGUCAGUGGCAAUCGUGUUCCUGAUCCACCGAGGAACCCCGCUGGUGAAGGCCUCAGGGGGAGUCCUGACCUUCCUGGCUCUGCUCAGCUUGAUGGGAGGCUGUUUGAGUUUGUUUCUCUUCCUGGGGGAGCCUGGAGAUGUGUUGUGUCAUCUUCAACUACCACUCAUCACUAUUUUCCAAACUGUAGCUCUCUCCAUUAUCUUGUCUAUCUCACUGCAGAUAUUCCUUGUGACAGAGUUCCCAAAGAAGGUCGCUCCCCACCUGCAUAUGCUCCGAGGCCCUGGAAGCUGGCUGUUUGUGCUGAUCUGCUGUACUUUUCAGGCUGGACUGUGUGGCUGGUUUGUUCAAGAAGAACCCUCUCUUACGGAGUAUAAGAGCAAUAUGGAGAUCAAUUUCAUGAAGACCUUUUUGCCAUGCCCUGUGUCUCCAGAUAAACUUGCCGUCAUGCAAGGCCUCAAUGCUGCCAUGGCCCUUGUGUCAUUCAUGUCCACCUUCAUGGCAAUUAAACCUCAUCAUCAAUACAAUCUUGCCAGGGACAUCACCUUCUCCACUCUUAUUUAUUGUGUGAUUUGGGUGAUCUUUAUUCCAGUCUACACAGGGUUGACAGCAAAUAUACUCACUGUGUCGAAGAAUAAGUCUAUUGCCCAUGUUUAUUUCACUUUGGCAGGUAACUUAGGGCUGGUGGUUGCUUAUUACUUUCCAAAAUGCUACUUGCUUUUUAAGAAUCCUGAUUCCAACACUCCACAGUACUUCUGUACUUUCUUAGAAGGUGUCCCACCAACACCGGCCCAGGAGGAGCCACAGCCACCACCAGCCAAAUAAGCUAUCAACCAACCAACCAGCCAACCAUCCAGUCAUCCAACCAAUCAAUCUACCUACCAACUGAACUCUAUUAUCCUGUUUAUUUCACCUUAAAUUUUACCUGUGGGUUGAGCUGUAGAGUUCAGCAUGUGAGUUACACUUGUGAAAAACUAUUCUUCCCUAAUGCCUAAUGAUGGAAGAAGUGCAUGUGCUGACAACCACAGUGCAGAGAUUGUGCAACCAGCAGUGGUCUUAUUUAUUCACUCUUAUAAACUGAGCUCUGCUAAACAUUAUUAGUGCUAAUUUUCACAAAGGCUUCACUUUUAUUAGAGAAUACCUCUAGAAUUUUAUGAUAGAGAGGAAAUAAUAGCCUGUCUGCAGUCUUGACCUUAACCCCAUAAAAUCAAUAAAAUUAAGAAAAUGAUGGACAACUCUGGCCAUCCUCUUCAUGAAACUGUUUGGGAAAACAAAGUGCCUUCAGUCAGAGGCUUCUUCAAAUUUGCUGUAACAGAAACUGUUACAAAAUGUCUUUCCUGCCAAUUACUAUGACUAUUUACAAUAACUCUUUGAAGAAUUUGAAUUAAUAUGAGUUACAACAACAUUUUUAUUUUCCUUUUGGAUCAAUAAAGUAUUUCUGAAUUUG